UUCAGAUCCUUAUUGACGAUGAUGGUCAUUGGAGGCAUAAAUUUUGAAGAAUCUAUCGUUUGCAGACAAGAUCUUUGAAAUCUGUUUCCUUCAGACAGCAAAGGAAGAAGAGACUUUAUCACAACAAAACACAAGAACCAUAAAGACUUGAAGAAACAGCACUUCUCUAAUUCUUUCCAAAAGUUUCAAGACCCACCAAAACCUGGUGGAUCACCUCCACCAGUCUUCCUGAUUUGAGAUGUAACGUGGGGUGCAGGAGUUCCUCAGAUGAGGGGUGUAGGAAGACAAGGAGCCAGCCUCAAUGGACAUUGCCCAUUAUCGAGAGCUAAACAGGAGACUCUCUAAAGCAAAGCUGAAAGCGCAUCAAGAAUUUUAAGAAGCCUGAAGAUCCCCAAGCUCGGAAUGAACAAGAUGAACAUCCCCGCCUUCGAUCUAAUGCUUAAUGAGGAAAAAGACUGUUUUAUUGGAGCCAGGGAGUCAUGAAAGAAACUCAAGAAGACAACUUGGAUAAUGAACGGAAGAUAAAAAGAAAACAAAAAGAAUGUGGCAUAUAAAGGGUAUAAUACCUGGAGGUAUUAGAUCUGACUCAUAUUUAUAAAAAUGAGACGAGCUUUCACAAAAUACAAGUUAUCUUAGACAGUCAUCAAGCUUGGAGCCAUGCUGUUGAACUAGAAAUUCUCCUUUUCCCCAUUCUCCUUUCUGACAGGUAACAAAGGAUUGGUGAAUUAUGAUUUUCCCAAGUUGGAAGCACUAAUUUUUAUCUAUGUAGUUCAUCCUUAUGAAUAUAUAAGGAGUUAAACAUUGCAUAUUUAAUGUGGAUUAUAAUGGGAAAGUGACUCAUUAACAAAAAUGGCCACUUUUAAGGACUUGGUUUCAAACUGAGCCGGAGCCUCCCAAUGCACUUUGUACAGUUUGGGGAAAGGUGUUCUGAAUGGCCUUCUUUGGGAGGCCAUGAUGACAUGUAGUAAAAGGAUAUCAUCUUACUGUUGAUAUCUUUGAAGACUCAUAAACAGAAACAGAAAAAUGAAUGGUGGAAAGGAGUGUGACGGAGGGGACACGGAUGGAGGGCCACCAGCAGUGCAAGUUCCCGUUGGUUGGCAGCGACGGGUGGACCAAAGUGGAGUGCUCUACAUCAGUCCCAGUGGGUCUUUAUUAUCCUGCUUGGAGCAGGUGAAGACUUACUUGCUGACUGAUGGAACAUGCAAGUGUGGCCUAGAAUGUCCUCUUGUUCUUCCCAAGGUCUUUAAUUUUGAUCCUGGAGCUGCUGUGAAGCAGAGAACUGCUGAAGAUGUUAAAGCGGACGAAGACGUCACCAAACUAUGCAUCCACAAAAGGAAAAUUAUUGCUGUGGCUACACUUCAUAAAAGCAUGGAAGCACCACAUCCUUCACUCGUUCUAACUAGUCCUGGUGGUGGAACAAGUGCGACUCCAGUAGUUCCUACUCGAGCAGCAACUCCGAGAUCAGUGAGGAAUAAAUCGCAUGAAGGAAUUACAAAUUCUGUGAUGCCAGAAUGUAAGACUCCUUUCAAGUUGAUGAUAGGGGCAUCUAAUGCCAUGGGUAGGCUUUACGUGCAAGAAAUGGCUGGAAGCCAGCAACAAGAACUUCAUUCUGUCUAUCCCAGGCAGAGAUUGGGUAGUAAUGAACUUGGACAGAAGUCUCCGUAUCGUGGCAGUCAUGGUGGGAUGCCCAGUCCAGCUUCAUCAGGAUCACAGAUAUACGGAGAUGGCUCAAUCUCUCCUAGGACUGACCCACUUGGAAGCCCUGAUGUUUUCACAAGGAACAAUCCCAAUUUUCAUGGAGCACCCAACUCUAGUCCUAUUCACAUGAACAGGACACCUCUGUCUCCACCAUCAGUAAUGCUACAUGGUUCUCCCAUACAGUCAUCCUGUGCAAUGGCUGGAAGGACUAAUAUACCUCUUUCCCCAACCUUGACCACAAAAAGCCCCGUAAUGAAAAAACCCAUGUGUAACUUUUCGACUGGUAUGGAAAUACCGCGAGCAAUGUUUCACCAUAAACCACCCCAAGGUCCACCCCCACCUCCUCCACCGCCUUCUUGUGCUCUUCAGAAAAAGCCAUUAACAUCAGAAAAGGAUCCUCUCGGCAUACUUGACCCUAUUCCCAGCAAACCGGUGAAUCAGAACCCCGUUAUCAUUAACCCAACUACUUUCCAUUCAAAUGUCCACUCUCAGGUACCCGUGAUGAAUGUAAGCAUGCCUCCUGCUGUCGUCCCUUUGCCAAGUAACCUUCCUUUGCCAACUGUCAAACCUGGUCACAUGAAUCAUGGCAGUCACGUUCAAAGGGUUCAGCAUUCUGCUUCGACUUCCCUCUCUCCUUCCCCGGUGACGUCCCCGGUUCAUAUGAUGGGAGCCGGGAUCGGAAGGAUCGAGGUUUCUCCCCAAAGAUCACGUUCUUCUUCCACGUCAUCAGAUCAUGGAAAUUUCCUGCUGCCUCCAGUAGGACCACAGUCAUCCUGUAGUGGUAUUAAAGUUCCUCCCAGGUCCCCAAGGUCAACAAUAGGGUCGCCGAGACCAUCUAUGCCAUCUAGCCCUUCCACCAAGCAUGAUGGACUUAAUCAAUACAAGGACAUCCCUAACCCAUUAAUUGCUGGAAUGAGUAAUGUAUUAAAUCCUCCAAACAAUGCAGUUUUUUCUACUGCAUCGGCUGGAAGUGGUUCAUUGAAGAGUCAGCCUGGUUUGCUGGGAAUGCCUUUAAAUCAGAUCUUGAACCAGCACAACGCUGCCUCUUUUCCAGCAAGUAGUUUACUCUCAGCAGCAGCCAAAGCACAGCUAGCAAAUCAAAAUAAACUUGCUGGUAACAACAAUAACAGCAGUAGCAAUUCUGGACCUGUUGCCACCGCUGGUGGCAACACGGAAGGACAUAGCACUUUAAAUACCAUGUUCCCUCCUGCUGCCAACGUGCUCCUACCAACGACGGAAGGGCAGAGCGGCCGAGCAGCACUGAGAGAUAAAUUGAUGUCUCAGCAAAAAGACCCUCUGAGAAAAAGAAAGCAGCCGACCACCACGGUGUUGAGUUUGCUGAGACAGUCUCAGUUGGACAGUUCUGGAGUUUCCAAAGCUGGAUCUGAUUUGAUAAGAAAGCCAAGUCAAAGCUCCUUUCCCAUCAGUUCUAUGUCCCAGCUCCUUCAGUCCAUGAGUUGUCAGAGCUCUCACAUGAGCAGCAAUAGUACCACCAGUUGUGGGAGCUCCAAUACUGCUUUACCUUGCUCUGGUAACCAGAUGCAUUUUGCAGACACCAGUAUGAACUCUGGCAGUCUCCAGAACUCGCUGGCACAGAGUUUACCCUUGCGAGGGGACGGUGUGCACUGCCAGAACCCAAACACUAACUUUGUCCACGGUACUAACCCGGGCACAACCAACCAUCUGGCGGGUUUAAUAAACCAGAUGCAGGCCAGCGGGAGCUGCGGGAUGCUCGCUCAGACGGGAAUGGCUUUAGGAAACUCAUUACAUCCCAACCCACCUCAGUCCAGAAUCCAGGCCUCCUCCACUCCGGUGGUACCCAACAGCAUCGUUAGCAGCUGUAAUCAAACGAGUCCUGAAGCAGGGGGUUCAGGACCAUCAUCAUCGAUAGCCAUAGCUGGCACCAGCCAACCUGCCAUCACGAAGACAACAUCUGUGCUUCAAGACGGUGUUAUAGUCACUACUGCAGCUGGAAACCCUCUUCAGAGCCAGCUGCCCCUUGGGAGCGAAUUCCCUUUCGCUGGCCACGAACACUCGCUUCAUUUUCCGCAGAACAGCUCUUCAAACAACAAUCUUCCACAUUCUUUGAAUCAAAACCUCCUCAAUUCUCUACCUAUCUCUUUGCCAGUGAAUCAGCAACAUCUCCUAAACCAGAAUCUAUUAAAUAUACUACAGCCUUCAGCAGGAGAAGGUGACAUGUCAUCUAUAAACACUACUUUGAAUAACCAUCAGCUGAGUCAUCUCCAGUCGCUCUUAAACAACAAUCAGAUGUUUCCUUCAAAUCAGCAGCAACAGCAGCAGCAGCAGCAGCAGCACCUUCUCCAGGGGUAUCAGAACAUGCAGGGCUUUCAAGGCCAGCCCCCAAUUCCUGGCCCGGCCAACAACCCAAACCCCAUGGCGUGUCUCUUCCAAAAUUUCCAGGUGAGGAUGCAGGAAGACGCUGCUGUCCUAAACAAGAGAAUGAUCACUCAAAUGGGAAUGGCGCCGGUUCCUGAGAGCUCCAACACUAUGCUUCCUCCUUUCCAAGAAACAUCUUGUGAUCUGCAGCAAAGGACUGAACCCUCUCUUGGACAACAGGCGAAGGACAACCUCAACCUCGCUGCUCAGGGUGAUACGUCGGUGGACGCCAUCUACAAAGCGGUUGUAGAUGCUGCAAGCAAAGGAAUGCAGGUGGUGAUCACCACUGCCGUUAGCAGUACAACACAGAUGAGUCCCAUUCCAGCUUUGAGUGCCAUGAGUGCCUUCACAGCCUCAAUUGGUGACCCGUUAAAUCUUUCUAGUGCUGUCAGCGCGGUAAUCCAUGGAAGGAACGUUGCCGUUUCUGAUCAUGAAGGUAGGAUAAGGAACAGUAGAGGAACGCGAAUCCUGAAGAAUUCAGAGCACGGUAAAAAUUCAAGUGAAGGGGAUGGGUAUGAAUAUUACAAAUCAACCAGUUGUAACACACCCAAAAAACAGUGGGAAGGGGAGCAAAGUCCUGUCAGUGAGAUAAAUAGAUGGAAAUGUGAUGAGUUUCUAGACCACUCUGCCCAUAUCCAUAGUAGUCCUUGUCACGAAAGGCCCAAUAACAUCUCCACACUGCCAUUAUUGCAAGGCGAGCAGCAUCAGAUACUGUUAUCACAGCGAAACUGUCAAAGUGAUAAAAUGUUGGAGGAGAAUUUCAGGUAUAACAAUUACAAAAGAACUAUGAUGAGUUUUAAGGAAAGACUGGAGAACACUGUGGAACGAUGUGCACACAUAAACGGCAACAGGCCUCAGCAGAACAGAGGAUUUGGGGAGUUGCUGAACACUUCUAAACAAGACCU